UCUUUGGUUGUCGUUGGGUUCCGCCUCCCUAAGAGCGGAACCAAUGAGCGCGCCAGGACUCGGCCCGGUGGAGGGGUUGCACUGCGGUAAUAUGGCUCUUCCUUAGCCAGCGGCGGCGACCAGCGCGGGGACCGAGCAGCCCUGCCUCUCGGGUGGCCGGUCCCUAGGCUGCAGGGGCUCGACAGGUCGUGGAUAGGAGCCGGCGGCGGAUGCUGGAGGGACGUGCGCCCCGCCGCUGGGCGGCCGCUGCGUCGAGAUGAGCGCCUCCGCGUCGGUCGGGGGCCCGGUCCCCCAGCCGUCCCCGGGCCCGGCGGCCGCGCUACCGCCGGGUUCUGCCGCGCGGGCCCUGCAUGUGGAGCUGCCGUCCCAGCAGCGACGACUGCGACAUCUUCGGAACAUAGCUGCCCGGAACAUUGUUAAUAGAAAUGGAUAUCAGCUCCUUGAUACCUACUUCACGCUUCACUUGUGUAAUGCUGAAAAGAUAUAUAAAGAAUUUUAUAGAAGUGAAGUGGUUAAGAAUUCUUUGAAUCCAACGUGGCGGAGUCUUGAUUUUGGGAUAAUGCCAGAUAAUCUUGAUACAUCUGUGUCCUGCUUUGUAGUGAAGAUAUGGGGUGGAAAGGAGAACGUCUACCAGCUGCUGAUUGAGUGGAAAGUCUGUUUGGAUGGGCUGAAAUAUUUGGGUCAGCAGAUUCAUGCUCGCAACCAAAAUGAAAUAAUUUUUGGGCUAAAUGAUGGCUACUAUGGUGCUCCAUUUGAAAACAAGGGUUAUUCAAAUACUCAGAAGAAUAUUCUUCAGGUGGAUCAGAACUGUGUUCGUAAUUCUUACGAUGUCUUCUCUUUGCUACGGCUUCAUAGAGCCCAGUGUGCAAUUAAACAGACUCAGGUAACUGUUCAGAAAAUUGGAAAGGAAAUUGAAGAAAAACUAAGACUCAAGUCUACAAGCAAUGAGCUGAAAAAAGAAAGUGAAUGCCUACAAUUAAAAAUUUUGGUGCUUCAAAAUGAACUGGAAAGACAGAAGAAAGCUUUGGGACAGGAAGUGGCAUUACUGCAUAAGCAACAAAUUGCACUAAAGGACAAAGGAAGCACAUUUUCAACUGAGCAUCUCAAGCUUCAGCUCCAGAAGGAAGCCCUAAAUGAGUUGAGGAAGGAGUGCACUGCAAAAAGAGAACUCUUUCUGAAGACUAAUGCCCAGUUGACAAUUCGUUGCAGGCAAUUACUCUCUGAGCUUUCCUACAUUUACCCUAUUGAUUUGAAUGAACAUAAGGAUUACUUUGUAUGCAGUGUCAAAUUGCCUAAUUCUGAGGACUUCCAAGCAAAAGAUGAUGGAAGCAUUGCUGUUGCCCUUGGUUACACUGCACAUUUGGUCUCCAUGAUUUCCUUUUUCCUACAAGUGCCCCUCAGAUAUCCCAUAAUUCAUAAGGGGUCUAGAUCAACAAUCAAAGAUAAUAUCAAUGACAAGCUGACUGAGAAGGAAAGAGAGUUCCCACUAUAUCCAAAAGGAGGAGAGAAGUUGCAGUUUGAUUAUGGAGUCUACCUUCUGAAUAAAAAUAUAGCACAGCUAAGAUAUCAGCAUGGACUAGGGACUCCAGACUUGAGGCAAACCCUUCCUAACCUGAAAAACUUCAUGGAGCAUGGACUAAUGGUCAGGUGUGACAGACAUCACACUUCCAGUGCAAUCCCUGUUCCAAAGAGACAAAGCUCCAUGUUUGGGGGUGCAGACGUAGGCUUCUCUGGGGGGAUGCCAUCACCAGACAAAGGACAUCGAAAACGAGCCAGCUCAGAGAAUGAGAGACUCCAGUACAAAACCCCUCCUUCCAGUUACAACUCAGCAUUAGUGCAGCCAGUGACCACCAUCCCUUCUGCGGGAGAGGCCGAGAGAAAGACAGCAUCUCUGUCCUCCUCCUUGGAUACCUCCUUGGACUUCUCCAAAGAAAACCAGAAAAAAGGUGUGGAUUUCAGUGAUAGCUUGAACAGCAGCCACGUGAGCAUAACCGAGUGUAGCCAAGAACCAGGAGAAGCCCUCUCUGGGCACCUGGCCACAGUCAAUGGCACUCUUCUGCCUGGUGAGCAGGCUGGCUCCGCCAGUGUGCAGCUCCCAGGUGAGUUCCACCCAGCCUCCGGAGCGGAGCUCUGCUGUACCGUGGAGCAAGCAGAAGAAAUCAUCGGGCUGGAAGCCACGGGCUUCACCGCAGGCGACCAGCUAGAAGCAUUUAACUGCAUUCCAGUGGACAGUGCCGUAGCCGUGGAGUGUGACGAACAAGUUCUGGGAGAAUUUGAAGAGUUCUCCCGAAGGAUCUAUGCACUGAAUGAAAAUGUGUCCAGCUUCCGCCGGCCGCGCAGGAGUUCUGAUAAGUGACGUGAGCAGACAGACAGUAAGACCAGGGCAGGGUCACUGCCCCAAAGGAGGAUAAAGCUGCACUUACCCUUUUUAAUAAUUAUGACACAACAUGAAUAUUAAUGGAGGAUAUUCCUCAGAAAAACAGACUUUGGGAGUAGAGGAGGGACUCAGGAUCAUUGUGUAUCAGUGGGCCAGACAAAGAUUUUGCUUUCAGGGUUUGCUUUUCAGGCCUGAUAAUUGUUUUAAGGCAAAAGUUAUUCUCUAGUUGAAAGAGCUUAUAGCUCAAGUCACCUUAUAGGCAUUUGUCUGCUUUUUAUUUACACAUAUGUUAUGCUGAGAGGGAAGAUGAUAAUAUAUAAAUAAUAUAAUGAACUCACCGUUAGUUUCUCAUAGGUAUUUGCCCUCAUCGCAGUUUAUAAAACUUGGAGAAGAUGGAAUAUUCAGAAACAGCUUUCCACCAUUUACUGAAGGGUCUGUGGCCAUGUAAGGUUGAUGCAUAGGCCGUCAUCCUCUCCUUAUCCCCAAGUCCCCAUGCCCCUGCCCUUUCCCGCAGGGAUUACAGUGAGUGAACCUGUAGACCUCUUCCCAGGGGAGGGGCCGUGCAUCCUAAAGACCAAGAACAUCGCAUUCACUGGUCUAAAAGCCUAGUUAUGACCUUUCACCUCUUCUGCCGUGCCCUCGGUGUGGCCCUCAGAGUAGAUGAAACUUGCCUGUAGUGGAUCCAGGGAACCCUCAAGGACCCAAGGUUAUGGCAGUCAGAUGGCACCCAGUUUCCUUUGGGAGCCAAAGUUUCUAUCUGGGCGGGUGCUGUGGUCAAAAACUAGGCAUGCUUCUGGCAGUGCACUUACCAGACAAAAAUUCCUACGUAUAAACCCCAUAUUAAUUUAUUAAAUCGCAGUCAAAGGAAGGCAUUUUAUAUGACAGUAUAUAAAGUUCAGGCAGUCCAAUACGCAAACUGCAAAGCAGUUGAGAUAGUUGGAUUGAGAGACUAGAUGAGGCAUUGAAUAUUAUUUGUAUGUGUGCAAUUUCAUAAAUAUUAAAUUAUGUUUUUGAAGUCCAGUUGUCAUUCCUGCAGAUUUCAUUUGCUAUUGCUUUAAAUGUUAUGUACCCAAGGACAUUGCCUCAGGGUUGCAAGCUCUUUUAAGGAAAAUUUAUCCAUAUAUCCGUGUACUAUAUAAAAGAAUAAAAAUUGAAUUUACUUCA